AUGCAUCAUAUAUGGCCUGAAGGGCGCGAGAAAAUUCCAACAGCUGGAAGCAACGAGGAGGACUCGGGUUGCGCCCUUCUUGGGCCCCCUCUUUCCCCUGAAGAAACAGAACUUCUUUGGCAGCAGCUGCUGGCAGCAGCGCAGCACAGCAGCAGCAAAGAGAAGCAGCAAGCAUUUGCUGCUGUUGCUGCUUCUGCUGCAGCGGGAAGCAACCCCGCUGCUGCCGUUGUUGCUGCAAUCCGUAUGGCGAUUUCAAGUGCGGCGGUUGUUGGCAAAGUCCCUUAUUACAAGCCAGGUACAGCAGCAGCAGCAGCAACAGCAACAGCAGCAGCAACAGCAGCAGCAGCAGCAGCAGCAAGAGCAACAGCUGUUACAGAAGCAGGGGAAGCAGCAGCAGCAGCAACUGUUGCUUUCUUGGAGGCGGCUGAGCUUCUUAACUCUUCAGCUACAGAAUCAUUCGCUAAGAUUGAUGUUGAAGAUCGAAUGGAUGUCAACAUCACUGCAGCAGAGGCGUAUAUAAAGGGAGGAGAGUUUGCCUUAGCUGAGCCUCUUGUUACUUUUGCUGCUGCGUUUGCUGCUGACAGCAAAAAUGAUUCGUUAAAACAUAGACUUACUGACAGUCGGUUGACGGGCAGUAAUUGGCUGUCGUUAUUUAGACGAAUUAUUCGCGAUAAUUUUAUUACUAAAGAAGAUGCAGAGGCUAUCACCAAGAUGAUGGAUGCUGAAGGGCAAAUCACAUCUGCAGCCAAAACCGCAAUUAUCCACAAGAGUGCUGAAGAAUUCGUCGUUGAGUUGUUGACUGCGGGAAAAAUCGCAGGGAGAAUUGAUGCAGAGAAAGGAGUGCUGCACAUAUUCAGCGAGGAAGCAAAACCCCGCAAUUGGCGUCGGUCAGCAUUAGAUGUCUUCACGGAUUUGCAUAGACUGGCAGAGGCCUUAGACGCCUAA